UAUAGAAAAUCUUAUUGAUAUUAUGUAACUAUUUGAAAAUAAAUGAUAAUCUUAAAAUAAAAUUGUAUCUCUUACAAAUAAAUAUAUAUGAAUUUUAUUGUAAAACUGAAUUGAUGAUUUUGACUUCUCAUACCUCUUUAAUUUAUUUUAUUGUUUUUUUACCGUUAAUAAAACUCUAACUUAAAGUUUCAUGAUUCUAUAGAAAUUGAAAGCAAUCGACAAUUUAUUCUUUCUAUUUUUUUUUGUCUAUACCAAUUAUUGAAUUUACUGUCCCUGAGUCUUUAAUGAUACUUGAUUGCUCCUACGCGAUACGUAGGAAAAAAAUAUUAGUUAUAAUUACACCUAUGAAAAAAUAUCUAAAAUCUUUGCCUUUAACAUAGUGUUGCCCACGGUUUUUGAUAAUAUGAAAGGAAAUAGAUCAAAUUGAAGAAGAACGCAAAAUCAGUGAAGCAAAGAAUAUUCAAUUACUCUACGUAGCAAUACAUAUAAAACUCAUAAUAAGCAAUACGCUUCAUAAUAGUUUAUAUUUGAAAAGAAAAAGAAGAAUAUGAGCGAUAAAGAGCCAUUACUAAAGAAACAUAACAAAUUACUUAUUGACAAUGACAAUGAGAAUGAAAACAAAAGGUAUAAUUUUUAAAAAAAUAUAAUAUUGAUAAAUACAUUAUGAAUGUAUCAAUAUUUAUAGUUUUUCUGAGUGGCGUCGAUAUUUCAAUCAGCAAAAGACUGAUGCUAGGAAUAAAAAGUUAAAUGAUGAGGUCAAUCAUACGAAUAAAGAUAUUCCGGUCAGUGUUUUUCAAUUGGUAAGUAUAUUCAAAUAUAAUAUAUACUAAGUUGAAAGCAUGUUUUUUUUUCUUUUUAAUAUAUUUAUUUCAUCUGAUAAUAGUUUCGAUUUGCUGAUCGUAUUGAUACUCUUCUUUUAAUUCUUGGUCUGUGUUUCAUAUUAUUGCAUGGAGUUUUAAUUAUUGUGAAUGUAAUUCUUUUUGGUCGAAUCACGGGAUUAUUUGCCACUACAUCGUUUGCUGUUGAUUGUCAUAAUCAAUAUGAAAAUUCAGUAUCUACAAUUAUUAAUAAUACUGUAUGUCCUUUUGGUAUUGAUCUUAAUCCAUUAAACUAUGAUCGAUUACAUAAACUAUGCCAUUAUGAUAAUAAAACUAUGUCAUCUAUAUUAUCUCCAUUAACACCUUUAUUUCGAGAAAAUAUUAUGCAUCUAGUUUAUUGGUUCUUCGGUUUAAGUAUUCUUCAAUUUCUAUGUUGUUUUCCCGGAUAUUUCUGUUGGACAAUUGCUACGAAACGACAAACAUCUCGCAUGAGUGUUUUACUCUUUCGAUCACUUAUUCAACGUAACAUGACAUAUUUGGAUACAAAUCAAACUACUCAAUACAAUUCAAAGCUUUUUACUAAUAUUGAAAAGAUCAAAAACGGGAUAAAUUUUGAAUUCUUAAUAACAAUUGCAGUUAUUCUAAUCAUGAUUUUCAGUAUAAUCAUAUCUUUUAUUCUCAAUUGGAAAUUAUCUUUAAUUAUGUCUUGUACAAUUCCAAUUGUUGUUGGGAGUUCAUUGAUGUUUGCUAAGCUUAUCACGAGAGAAACAGAAGAACAAUUAAGUACAUAUUCAAAAGCUGGACAAAUCGCUCAAGAAGUAUUUAGUUCAUUAAGAACUGUUCUUUCAUUCAAUGGAAGUAAAUUACAACAAAAACAAUAUGAAAAAGAAUUAAAGUUAAACGAAUGGUAUACUAUUCGUAAAGAUGCUGCAUUUGGUGCUUUUUCUGGUUGGUUAUUUUUUAUAAAAUUUGCAGUUUAUUCAAUUGGUUUCACUUUUGGUUCCAUUCUUAUGUCUUAUGGAAAUCAUCGUACACUAACCAUUACUGAGAUUAUUGUUGUUGUAAAUAUGUUUGCACAAGCUUUAGGUUAUCUUAAUUAUAUUGGACCUUUCUUCCAAUCAAUUUUGGAAGCUCAAGGUGCAGCAGUAUCCGUAUUUCGACUUAUUGAUGAAGUACAUGAUGAAAAUUUGAAUGAAAGAGAAAUAUUAGAAGAGAAUAUAUCUGAUGAAAAAUCAAUUUCUAAUAUUAAUGGUGAUAUUGAAUUUGACAAUAUUAGUUUUUCUUAUCCAUCGAGAGAAAAUGCAACAGCUUUGAAUAAUCUUAAAUUAAUUGCUCGUGCUAAUCAAACAACUGCUCUUGUAGGUUCAAGUGGUUGUGGAAAAAGUACAUGUGUAUCACUUCUUCUUCGCUAUUAUGAACCUUCUUCCGGCAUAAUUAUGAUUGAUGGUCAAUCAAUUACAAAUUAUAAAAUCAAACAAUUUCGUCAAAAUAUUGGAGUUGUUAGUCAAGAACCUAUUUUAUUUGGAAUAAGUAUUUAUGAAAAUAUUCGUUUUGGUAAAAUGAAUGCAACACGUACAGAGAUUGAACAAGCAGCAGAACAAGCUAAUGCGCAUAAAUUCAUUAUGAAAUUACCAAAGAAAUAUGAAACACUUGUUGGUGAACGUGGUAUACAAUUGAGUGGUGGUGAAAAACAACGUAUUGCAUUAGCUCGUGCGCUUGUCAAACAACCCAACAUUCUUUUGUUAGAUGAAGCAACAAGUGCUCUUGAUAAUGUUAGUGAAAAAAUUGUUCAAGAAGCACUUGAUCGAGCAUGCAAAAGUAAGAAUUACUUAAUUACUAUUGAUUAUAUUAU